AUAUUAUGGGGAAUGAAUACAGUUGUUGCAACAACAAAAGGCAAUCUCCACAACCUAUAGACUUAGAAUCUUGCAUUAGCAAUCAAAAUCAAGAAGAAACAUCGAAAAAUCAAAAGUGGACAAACAACAGAAGCUCUGCUCAAGAGAUCAAAAAAACUAAAAAUGAGGGCAAUCCAAAACUAAGCCAGUCUCAUUAUAAUGCUCAGAGUAAUCUAAAAAGGAAGAAGCUUGGAAAUUUUAACUCAAAGGUCUCGCAAAAAAGGAAUUGAUAUGAAGAAAGCAAAAAACAGAAAAAGCAUAACUACACUGCUGAGAAACAAAUCUCAAAGAAAGAUAUGAUGAGUAAGAAAACAGGAAAGAACUCUUUCUGAACCUUUGCUAAAGAAGAAACAUCUAAUAUGGAAUCAAGGACAAAUAAUGAUUUUUACAAGUCUUGCAAUACUCUAAAUUUUUCGAGGCAAACAAGUAUAAUGAGCACAGACAUCAUUUAUGAAGAAAUGAUAGAUGAAUCUAAGAAAAUGAGAAAGAGGUACACCUACAAGAAGUUUUCUUCUGGUGCCAAACAUGCAUCUACAAUGUACACUAAGAUAGACAGAAAGAAAGCUGUUUGUUGCAACAAUGCCAUUUCCAAGAGCUUUAAGUUGCUUUAAGUUAGUUCAAAUAUCUAAUUCAUAUCCUAACGUCCUG